UGGAAAGGAUAAUGCGAGGACCCAACACUUGUCGUUGGCCUAUGUAAUGUUACCUUUUGUUUUGUCACCCAAAACAAGAAAAGUGUAAAGAGUUGCAGCCACAGAUAACACCCCACAGCCACAAUGACGACCAGCGAUGAAGCCUUUUGCCACGACCACAUCCAACAUCCGUUGAUGUGGUGUGAUGAGAAGCGACGUUUGGUCGAACGCAAAAACGCCGAGGAAAGUAUGCGUAUGUGGCGUCGAAGAAAAACCGAAGAGAUGGCACGCAAGGAAAAGGACAAACAAGAAUACUUCGAAUUAAUGGUUAAACAUUGCCCUUGGGGAAGGCCGGGUGGAGGUGCCCCCAACAUUGAUGUUAGACGAAAGGAUAUAACAGCGGCCGGCUUACAUUCCACCCAACCAAUAAGUACCACCCAUCGUUUGGCCUCACUGCCGCCGUGUCGCUUCAGCGAAUAUUUUGCGAAACACAAAAAAUGCUUUGAUCCUGCCCUGGCCUAUAAUCCACAUCAUCAUCAUCAUCACUCAGUGCCGCGAGUGACCGCACACACCCAUACAGUACAGCAUGUGCCAGAUCGACCGCCCUUGGGGGGUGCAGCAAGCAUGGUCACCUUGUGUGACCGUGACAUACCCACUGCGGCCACCAGUGUGGGGGCCGGCGGUGGGCCCGUUGCUGGGGGUAAGAAUACCGAAAGUUUGCAUAUCACUUUAAAAGAACAUCCCUCAAUGUCUUUUCGCAAUAAAGGUCAUGUUGACAUUGAGGUGCGGUAUAAACCCACCCCCGCCGGUAAGGGUAAACCCAUGCUGGAAAAAAUUGUUGUUACAGAAAGUGAUAAAUGUCCCAUUGUAGAGGAGAAGGCCUGUCAUGCAUCUGUGGGGCCACAUGGGUUAAAGCAUAAAAAGAUUUUGGAGAAAAUCGAGAAGCCGCCCUGCAAAGAUCCUUGGGGUAAACCGGGCCCAGGAGGCAAACCUUGGCGUAGUCCUAAGUCGGUGGGGACAACGUUUAUGAAGUCAUUGGGUUGGACCAACAAAGAAAUGCUCAAAGAACUGGAUCAGGACAAUCCCGCAACACCAGCCGAAAAGCCAACAUUCCGCAAGGCACGACCAUCCCGCAAGACAACACGUUGCUGCAAUAACUGCACCUGCAAGUGUUCCGGUCCAGGUCCUGCAGCACCUCCCGUGAUAACUAGCCCCCUUAAACCCAUGCAUAAACCACCAGCCCCACCAGCUCAGCCACUCAAAGUAAAUUGCGAACCCAAACCAAAGAUAUGCCCACGUUUGUUGCGUCACAACAACAAGGCAACUGCCGACAUGACUACCGACAAUAGCGCCAAUCCCAGCUCUCGACUCGAUGCUGUGGCCAAUGGCAACGGUGUGGAGUUGGUGCCAUUGCUGGCACGCCGUCGAGCCUAUAAUCGGCCCAUAAGUCUCUCGACCACGGACAUCACCAAACACACGCCGUCGCAUGAUAGGUACGCAUGUAAAAUGCCCCCACACUGCUACCACAGCAACAUCUGCCUUAACAGCAGCCGCAAUCAUAAACUCAAUAACAUUGCCACAUGUUGCUUGAAAAAGUUCACUUUGCAUAUUCGUUAGUUUUGCUAGUUGCUAGAAAGUCAUGAUGCGAAAA